CACGUCACGGACAGACGUGCGCGCGCGGCAUCCUGGGACAUGUAGUCUAGCUUGGCCUUAGACACCCCCUGGGAUGAAUGGGGCCGGGCUGACUGCGAACUACGGCUCCCCGGCCGGCAGCGUCGUGGCGGCCCCCGGGGAGAGCGGCGCUCAGGAACGUUGCCGAUGCUCUGUGCAGCGGCGGGGGCCUCAGGCCGGCUUCCUGGGGCCGAGGAUUAGGCGGCGCGUCUUAGGCGCGCUCGCCCCCUGCCCGCGCAGCGGCCAUGCACCCGGCCUUGGCCGUGAGCCUGGUGUUCGCGGGCUGCUGCAGCAACGUGGUGUUCCUCGAGCUCUUGGCCCGGAAGCAUCCAGGAUGUGGGAACAUUGUGACGUUUGCACAGUUUUUAUUUAUUGCUGUGGAAGGCUUCCUCUUUGAAGCUGAUUUGGGAAGGAAGCCACCAGCUAUCCCACUACGAUACUACACCAUCAUGGUGACCAUGUUCUUCACCGUCAGCGUGGUCAACAACUAUGCCCUCAACCUCAACAUUGCCAUGCCCCUGCAUAUGGUGUUUAGAUCUGGCUCUCUGAUUGCCAAUAUGAUUCUAGGAAUUAUCAUUCUGAAGAAAAGGUACAGUAUUUUCAAAUACACCUCCAUUGCCCUGGUGUCCGUGGGGAUUUUUAUUUGCACAUUCAUGUCAGCAAAGCAGGUGACUUCCCACCAGUCCAGCGUGAGUGAGAAUGAUGGAUUCCAGGCAUUUGCAUGGUGGUUACUAGGUAUCGGUGCACUGACUUUUGCCCUUUUGAUGUCAGCAAGGAUGGGUAUAUUUCAGGAGACCCUCUACAAACAGUUUGGGAAACACUCCAAGGAGGCCUUGUUCUAUAACCAUGCCCUUCCGCUUCCUGGCUUCAUCUUCUUGGCCUCUGAUAUCUAUGACCACGCGGUUCUGUUUAAUAAGUCUGAAUCCUAUCAGAUCCCAGUCGUCGGCGUGACCAUGCCCAUCAUGUGGUUCUACCUCCUCAUGAACGUCAUCACUCAGUACGUGUGCAUCCGGGGCGUGUUCAUCCUCACGACGGAAUGUGCCUCGCUCACGGUCACACUCGUCGUGACUCUGCGCAAGUUUGUGAGCCUCAUCUUUUCCAUCUUGUACUUCCAGAACCCCUUCACCGCCUGGCACUGGCUGGGCACCUCGCUUGUCUUCAUCGGGACCCUGCUGUACACGGAGGUGUGGAACAGUCUGGGGGCCGCAGAGAGUCAGCCCCAGAAAGGCCACAAGGAGAACUGAGGUCUGCCCGGGAGUGUCGCCGUGAGAGGGGUCCUGGUGACGGUCUGGCCACCAGGUCAUCGCGUUCCCCCCAGCACGGGACCAGAGGUCCUCAGGAGACGACGCCUCAGUGUCUCCUGGCCGUACAGACGACAUCCGUAGACUCUGAGUAGAAAUCCGUGAAUCCCAAAGUAGAAAAAAAGGCCAGUUCUGUACUUUUGGACAGCCCUUUCAUUGGUUAUGUCUGUUUUGUUUACAAAAAAAAAAAAUUCAGUGCUAUACUUGUUUAUGGACUUCCACACCCCCAGAGCUACUAGUUUUAUAUGCACAGUCUUGGGACACAGCUACGCCUUCCGUUGCCAUCCUGGUGAUUCCCUGCCGUCAUGAUCAUCGUCAUUGUCAUCCAUGGCUUUUUUCUCCCGACGCAGCCCCGCACAGUCAGUCACGCUGCACACACCAUGGUCAGCGGGGCGAGCUGAGUGCCCGAGCAAGCGGCAGCGCCAGGCCCCCGGCCCGGCCUCCUCCCACGUGUUGGAGAGCAGUGGUGUCCCUGUGAGCCGAGCAGGGGGGCUUCUUUGCCCUGCCCCCAUUUGCUUUAUUUCCCCUGCAGAAAUCAGCUGCCUCUUGCUUUUUGUGCUCGGGGAGUCCUGCAGUGGACAGCGCUCAGAGGAGAGGAGAGUUGUGUACGGAUCGCCAGGGAGAGGCCCCCAGCCUUGCUGUGCAGCUGUUUAGCCUGGGGCUGAGGUGGGGAGGGCAGCGUGGCCCCGGGACAGCUGGCCCUGCUCGGCCCCCCUGUGGGCCCAACCAGGUGCUCCCAGGGCAGCCACGUGGGAGGGUUAGGCUCUGGAAGACUUUGUCACCCAGAGCCCUGACCUGUCAGGCUACUGAAGAGGCUAGGCUGUGCGGUGGGCGGGCAUGCGGGUGUCAAUCAGGUCAAAUCCCAAGGACGCCGAGAGGCACUCUCUUGUUUAAGGUCCUUUAUAUGGUCACUGGGUGUUGGGGGAAGGGUUUGCUGUUAGGAGAAACCUACCUGCCUGCCUGCCUCCCUCUCUCUCUCUCUCUCUCUCUCUCUCUCUCUCUCGUUGAUCAUUUCAGGGGCCUGGUUUCCUCCCAGCGAGGGAUCCUGGGAGCGGAAUGCCGUCAGCACAGUGCAGGAAGUCAGUGAGUCAGUGUUCUCGCAUCUCCCCUUUCUUCUCCUACCCCAGACCUUUGUUAACCUCAGCCAAGCGCAUCCUCUCCCGGAAGCACCGGAAGCAGCUAGGCCUCCUAGCGUUCACCUGCAGACAAAGGCCUUGCGUUUCCGGCCGGGUGCAGGCUGUGUUCUGAGAUCCGGAUGCUUGCUGGGUGGCCUGGGGGUCGCCUGGGUGUGUAUCCCACUGACUGGAGCCUUGCUCUGUGGGCUGAGAAGCUGUGGCAGCAGGCGAGGGGCCCAGCCCUGCCGCAGGUGUGUCUCUGUUACAUAAAAUGUGGGUGCUGUUUCUGCACCCCGCUCCCUGGGCUGGCAGGCCUGUUUGUCCUGGACAUUGAGCACUCGCCAGGGCCACUGGCGGUCUCUCCUCGAAUGCAGGAUAGGUGGGAGUCCAUCUCCUGGAAUCAAACCUCCUCACUUUGAGCUACGUGUGGGUCCCUCCUCAGACAUGGUGUCGCGAAUGCCAAGUGCUGAACCCCCUCCCAUAGGCAGCGGUCACAGAGGAGCCCGGGAACCCCCUCCUGUAGGCAGCAGUCACAGAGGAGCCCGCCCCGAGCGGCUGGCUGACUGCUGUGCAGCUCCAGUCACCCUUUCCGUGUUAAAGCGGAGAAUUGGGUUUUUUGCUUGAGACAGGUGAAUGCACACAGACAGCAUUUAACUGGGCCCGUGAGGCUUUAGGUGCUGGAUUUAGAGCUUGUCAGUGGGACUCUGCACUUUGUAACAGAGGGAACAUGUGUGGACAGGAGAGACAGUCCAGCUGCUGUGGGACAGGUGCCUGCGCGGCCCUGGCACUGGCUAGAUAGAAGGGAGUAUGCCUGGCACCAGUUACUAUAUUUCUCUUAACCAUUUAUCACACACACACAUGCCCACAUUCCCUUUGGCUAACUGAUUUUUAAAGGCAAGUUGAAAUUGUUUUCGGCCUUUCUUCAAAGGGCAAAUAAGUCAUUUGUGAGAGGACCAUUCUCACCUGCAGGAGAAAUGUCUACGAGUGGCUCCUCCUCUUUGCCUGGGUCAGGACCAUGUGCUUUGUGCUGCAGAGACACAGCAGAGGGUUUGCUUACAAAAGAGUGUGGUGGUUGAGAUGCCCAACACUCCUCUCCGGAGCAAAGAUCAAAUGGCAAAGGACAGGCCCUGGCCAGGAAGUGCAAGGCGCGUGCCACUCUGUGUGCGCUCAACAGCUUGGCUAAGCGACCGGGGAGGUGGCAGGAGAAGACGGCGGAUGUCUGAAUCCACGUGUCCUUACUGAAAUUCUGUUGGCACGUUAUAAGUGAUUUUUCAUUUUUUUUAACCAAUAAUUCUUUCUUGGAGGCUUAUUUUUCAUCCAGCCAGAACACCCGUUAGGCACUGGCUGAGCUGAUACCAAGUUCUGUAGAUGUGGACACAUUUCAGAGAGCUGUUUCCCUCUAACCGCCCAGCUAGCCAGAGGAAAUGCUGCAGCAUUUGGAAUCGGUCAGUGCUGUAAGCUGAGUUGGUGGGUGCCAACCCAUAACAGACCUCUUGUGUUUCCCGGAUACUUGUAAAGGACCAACUUAGGUCAUGGCCUGAGCGCCUCUCCUCUCUGAUGCCCUUACUUCCUUCUCCCCCUCCUCCUCACCCCUACUGACCUUCCAUUGGCUUCCCUGCACCUGCGUUUGUUCCUGAGCAGGACCUGUAAUUAACCUUGGACCUGUGUCUGCCUCUGUUCUUUGGGGCGCCUGGGUGUUUUUGUAGAUUUUUAUAGGGUAUUUAUAUCUGUGCACCAUGUAUUUUGUUACAAAUUCUUAUAAACGUUGCUGUUAGAAGCUGUUAGAAGCAUGCAACUCCGCGGGUAAGAGUAGGGGGCAGUGUGUGAGUGGGUGCGUGUGAGCAGGAAGAAAUGCUGCCUGUUCCGGUGCAGCUCCAAGUGGGGGCUGCGUGUGUGUGCCGCCAUUUCCCUCUGUAUUUGGAAAAGAGUUUGUUUAUUUUGCUGUUUUUACCCUACCUCUGGCUGGCUUCAUUCCGUGGUGCCAGAUACUUAUGGAGAGAGUGGAGACAGGAAGGAAAAAAACAUCAGGUCAGAAAGAAUUCUAAACUGGCGAGUCCGCCCUGUGCCCGCUGGCGACAAUGACCGCAGCAGGCACACAAAUACACCUGGAGAAGAACCACGUUGCAGAGAGCUGACGCCAAGACCCUACAUCUGCUGUGUUUUGUUUCUCUUUGACUCGAAAUAGAAUUCUGAGUAAUUUUGACCUUAGCAGAUAGCUAAAGCAUGUUGGUCUUUGUCCUGAAGAGAACUGUGAUGGAAUCCUGGAUGUGACUUCUGAAAGUGAGUGCAAACACCGUGUGCAAAUAAAGGUCCCAGCGGGGCGGUGGAGACGCCCCUCUCUGUGCUCUGUCUCCUGCAGCCUGCUCACAACACACAUUCCAGGGGCUGCAGGGGACAGCGCUCCCAGCCUGCUCCUUUCUGGGUUGCCAGCCCUUGGCACAGUGUCUGAUUUAUCUUAUAUGAAUAAACAAAUGCUUGACCAAGA